CUGCCCCUUCCUCUUCCUCCUCCUUCUUCUCGUCCUUCGUGUUCUCCCAGCCGGCGGCGGCAGAGAGGGAUAUUCAACCCGGGCUGCGGAUGCUGGGAGCGGGCUGCAGAGUGAAAGAGACACCGGUAGUCUGUCUGUAGGGAAGUUGUUGGAAAAGGAGCAAACACUUUAAAACGCAAUUCAAAAGAGUUUUGGAGUUUGUUUCUCGGGCGCUCCGGGCGGUAAAACAUUUCAUUUGAAGAAACUUUUAGUUGUGUUUCAUCCGUCAGUGUGGUGGAGAACAUGAGCUCCCAGCGGAGGACACCCGGAGCCGGCGGCCGGACAGCGCUGCUGCUGGCCGGGCUGCUCGUGGCUCUGUGGCACCGCGGAGACGCGAGCUGCCCGGAGAGAGAGCUGGAGGACCGGGAGGAGGAGGCUAACGUGGUUCUGACCGGCACCGUGGACGAAAUCAUUAACUUGGACCCGGUGCACAACACCUAUUCUUGCAAGGUCAGGGUGUGGCGCUACUUGAAAGGCAAGACCGAAGUCAACCGCGAGAUCCUCUUGGACGGCGGCAACAAGUUGAUGAUCGGCGGCUUUGGCAACCCGGGGAUCUGCGACAACCAGGUAGCCACGGGUGACACACGCAUAUUCUUUCUCAACCCUGCCGCGGAGGACAUGGGACCGGAACACAAGAACGAACUUAUGCUCAACUCGAGUCUGAUGAGGAUUACCCUACGCAACCUGGAGGACGUGGAACACUGCGUGGAAGCUCACAAAUAUAUAAUUGCAGACAAACCUCCUCACUUCACACCGGCCCAGCCUCCUGAUGGCUGCAGAGGGAUGUUGUGCGGCUUCGGCGCCGUGUGUGAGCGUGACCAGACGGACCCGGCCAAGGCUGAGUGUGUUUGCAAGAGAGCGGAUUGUCCAUCCUUGGUGGCGCCUGUUUGCGGCUCGGAUUCGUCCACCUACUCCAACGAGUGCGAACUGGAGAAAGCCCAGUGCAACACACAGAGACGCAUCAAGGUUCUGCGCAAGGGGCCCUGCUCUCUGAAGGACCCCUGCACCGACGUGGCCUGCAGCUACGGCAGCACCUGCAUCCAGUCCUCAGACGGCCUGUCGGCCAAGUGCAUGUGCCCCCUCGGCUGCGAGGGCAAGCGAGAGCAGACGGUGUGCGGCAGCGACGGGAAGGACUACCGCAACGAGUGCGAGCUCCAUCAGCACGCCUGCAAGAACCAGAGGAACAUACGAGUACAAUACCAGGGGCACUGCGACCCGUGUAAAGACAGCGAGAACAGCCUGAACACGUUGUGCCGGGUGGAGGCGCUCACCCGCAAGCCCCUCGUCUUCGGCCUGCCAGAGUCGUGCCCGCCGGGUAUGGAGCCUCUGUGCGCCAGCGACGGCCAGACCUACUCCAGCGAUUGCGCCAUGGGAGCAACGAGCUUGCAGAAAGGCAUCAAGCUCAGGAAGAUCCACGCUGGACGAUGCAGGAGGCUGGAGGACUGUCAGGAAGAGUGUCUCUUCAACGCUGUGUGUCUCGUGGAACAGCUGAACGCCCGCUGCUCCUGCGAUCCCAUCGAGUGCGACGGCACCUACAAGCCCGUGUGCGGCAAGGACGGCCACACCUACACCAACGACUGUGUCCGACGCAAGGCGGAGUGUCUGAGCAGGACCCUCAUCUCCAUCAAGCACCCGGGGCCCUGUGAUCUCAGCAUACCCAGCCCCUGCCUGGAUAAGGUGUGCAAUCACGGGGCGGUGUGCGUGGUCAAGAACAACGAGCCGGUGUGCGAGUGCCCCGAGGCCUGCCCGCAGAUGUCCGACCCCGUGUGCGGAUCCGACGGCCACAGCUACGGCAGCCCCUGCGAGAUGCGAGCGAUGGGCUGCGCCCUGCAGAGGGACAUUCACAUCCAACACAAAGGACCCUGCGAUGAGGCGUGUGCCAACUGCUCUUUCGGGGCAAUCUGCGAUGCCCAGAGCGGCCAGUGUGUGUGUGCAUCGGAGUGUGUGGAGUCCCACCAGGCUGUGUGCGGCAGCGACGGCAGCACCUACAACAGCGAGUGUGAGCUGCACGUGCGGGCCUGCAAAGAGCAGAUGGACCUCCGAGUGGUCAGCCAGGGAGAGUGCAAAACAUGCGGCACCACUGUUUGUGCCUGGGGUGCCCGGUGUGUCCAGAAUAAGUGCGAGUGCCCGCCGUGCCCAGACGAGGCCUUCUCCCCAGUGUGCAGCAGCGACGGAUCCACCUACGUCAACGAGUGCGAACUCCGCGUGUCGUCCUGCUUGCAGAAGAGGAGAAUUGACGUGGCGAAGACCGGCAGCUGCGACGAAGACUGUGGCUCAGGAGGGUCAGGCUCAGGCGCGGAGAGCUGCGAACAGGACCGCUGUCGCAUGUUCGGAGGCUCAUGGGACGAGGACGCAGAGGACGACCGCUGCGUCUGCGACUUCACCUGCCAAAGUGUUCCCAAUAACCCGGUUUGUGGCUCCGAUGGGAAAAACUACAAGAACGAGUGCCAGCUGAAGAAGGCCAGAUGUGAAAAACAAGAGCACUUGUUGAUUCAGAAUCAGGGACCCUGUGCAGUGAUUUCAGCCACAUCUCUGCCCGAGCUGACGGCACCGAAGCACUGCAGUCUGUCUGUGUACGGCUGCUGCCACGACAACGUGACGGCUGCCCUAGGAGUCGGACUGGCUGGAUGUCCCAGUACCUGUCAGUGUAACGUCUACGGCUCCUACAAGGGGACGUGUGAUCCGGCCUCCGGCCAGUGCUCCUGUAAGCCGGGUGUCGGCGGACAGAAGUGUGACCGCUGCGAGCCGGGCUUCUGGAACUUCCGUGGCAUCGUGACAGAGAACAUGAGCGGCUGCACGCCGUGCAAUUGCGACGCCACGGGCUCGGUCCGCGACGACUGCGAGCAGAUGUCGGGUCUGUGUUCCUGCAAGACGGGAGUGAAGGGCAUGAAGUGCAACGUGUGUCCAGAUGGAAGCAAGAUGGGCAUGAAUGGCUGCGACAAAGGUCCCGAGGCCCCGACUUCAUGUAAAGAGUUAACGUGCAGCUUCGGAGCGUCUUGCAUCGAGGAGAACGACCAAGCCCACUGCGAGUGCCCCUCGCCUGACUGCGACGAGAAAAACAAAACCAAGGUGUGCGGCUCUGAUGGGGUGACCUAUGCCGACCAGUGCCAGCUGAGGACCAUAGCCUGUAGGCAGGACCAGGACGUUACCGUGCAACACUCUGGACAGUGCACAGAAACCAUCGCUGAGUCCGGCCGACCGACCCACCCCCAACCACCCCCGCCACCACCCCCGGCUCAGCCGUCACCACCACCGCACCCUUCCACCCUAACAUGGUGUGGGCCAUCCCGCCUCCGAGGACGGAAGAGCCAGGGGACCACCGAGCGGGCCCCCGGCCACCACCACACUUUCCACCCCCAUCCCCCUCCGACCAACCACCGCCACUCCCAUCCACAUCCAGCCUCCGCAGUCCACCGCCACCACUGCCCACCGCCACCUUCCUCCCCUGCUCCCUCCGCGCCGCCGUCUCCUUCCGAGGGCUCGGGCAGCGGGGAGCCAAGCGGGGACGACCAGACGGAAGAAGAGGAGGAGCAGGAGCAGGAGCAGGAAGAGGAAGCAGGUAGCGGCGUCCCACCGGAGGCCAGUGGGGCAGAGGAGCCUGUCGGUCCCACGUUGGCGAGCACCACCGUACCCAUGGCCGAGGACAGGUCGUCCUGCGACAACACCGAGUUCGGCUGCUGCCCCGACGGCAAGACGCCGUCCAGCACUCCGGAGGGCGCCAACUGCCCCUCCACCAUGAGGGUCAACUGUUUCCUGCACUUGGACCGGGAGGGCCAGGAGAUCUUCUACACCCCCGAGAUGGAGGACCCCAAGUCGGAACUGUUCGGAGAGACGGCCCGCAGCAUAGAGAGUGCUCUCAAUGAGUUGUUCAGGAAGUCGGAGGUGCACAAAGACUUUAUGAGCAUUCGUGUCCGCAACCUGUCGCCCAGCAACUCCAUCCUGGCCUUUGUGGAGGCCCACUUCAAAACCAGAUACUCGGUGGAGGACAUUGAAGGAUCCCUGCUGAAACAGCUGAAGGCCUCCAAAGAGACCAGCAUCGCCGUGAAGAAGCCGGAGGACGAGAAUAUUCGCUUCACCAGUUAUGCUCCCUCCCAUUCUUCACACACACUACCACCACACGGCGUCAGUCACCACAGCUGCUCCACCACCACCACAGCUGCUCCCCACACCCACACACUGCACCACUACCACCACCACCACUACACCACCACCACCCCCGUACUUCACCCGUCGCCCAUCAGGUACUACCCGCCGGGGGGCCCCCCCUUACGGCAGGCGUACACCACAACCUCGGCACAACGGUCACUACACCACUACCCACCACCACCACCACCACCACGGCCGCGUCACCACGACAGCAUGGCCUCCAGCCACCACCGUAGCCCACGUUUAGGGGCAAGCUUCACCACAAGGCCAGAAGCCUGCAGCUCCCACCCCUGCCUCCCCGGGGGCUCCUGCGAGGACGACGGCAACGACUUCAGCUGCAUGUGCCCCGCCGGGAGAGGAGGCGCGUGUACAGAAAAAAUGAUCAGGUACUUCAUCCCAUCAUUCGGAGGCAGGUCGUACUUGGCUUUCCAGACCAUGACCGCCUAUCACACGGUCCGCAUCGCCAUGGAAUUCAGAGCGUCCGAGAUGACCGGCAUCCUGCUCUACAACGGCCAGGAGGGCAAGAAGGACUUCAUCUCUCUGGCUCUGGUUAACGGCAAGGUGGAGCUCAGGUUCAACACCGGUUCGGGCACAGGCACAGUGGUCAGCAAAGUAGAAGUGAAUAAAGGCCGCUGGCAUUCGCUGGUGGUGACUCGCAACCGGCGCAACGCCAUGCUCAGCGUGGACAACGAGCCGCACAACGAGGGCGAGAGUCCAGCUGGCACCGACGGCCUCAACCUGGACACCAACCUGUUCAUCGGGGGAGUGCCAGAAGAAAUCAAGCUGGAGAGGUUUGUUGCUUCAACGAUGGGAUUCAUGGUGGAGUGGAACCGGACGGCGGUGGCCACGGGUCUGGUUGGCUGCAUCCGCUUGCUGGACGUCAACAAUCGAAUGCUCAACCUGCAGGAGAGCGGGGGAGACAGUCUGUACGGCAGCGGCGUGGGCGAAUGUGGCAACAACCCCUGCCAGCCGAAUCCCUGCAAGAACGGCGCGGUGUGCCAGGUCAAGGAGGCGGAGAUGUUCCACUGCAAGUGCAGCAAAGGAUUCUGGGGCCCAACCUGUGUCGACAUCCACAACCCGUGCGAGCCCGACAGGUGCCAUCCAUCCUCCCAGUGCCAGGCGCUGCCCGAGGGAGGCUACAAAUGCGAGUGUCCCAUGGGACGCGAAGGGAGGCACUGCGAGAAAGUGGCUGAGAGGAGAGGGGCUUACAUGCCGCUGUUCAACGGAGACUCUUACCUGGAGCUGAAGGGGCUCCAUCUCUACGGGCACGAUCUGCGUCAAAAAGUCAGCAUGACGGUGAUUCUCAUGGCCAACGACUCCAACGGUUUGAUCUUCUACAACGGCCAGAAAUCGGACGGGAAAGGAGACUUCAUCUCUCUAUCCCUCAAUGAAGGCAUCCUGGAGUUCCGCUACGACCUGGGGAAGGGACCCGCUACCAUCAGGAGCAAGGAUCCGAUCCAGCUGAACGUGUGGAACACCAUCAACCUGGAGCGCUCCAACCGCAAAGGAGAGAUCAUGGUGAACAAGAAGGACGCUGUCCGAGGGGAGGCGCCGAAAUCACGCAAGAACCUGCACGUAGAUCUUAACCUGAAAGAGUCUCUUUUUGUCGGCGGAGCUCCCGAUUACAGCCGACUGGCAAGAGUGGCUGCGCUCACGGAUGGCUUCAAGGGAACAAUCCAAAAGAUCAUUCUGAUGGGCACCCCCAUCCUCAGAGAGGAAAACGCCCAGCGCUCCAGAGACAUAGCCAUGUUCCAGGACCACCCGUGUUCCCAGGAGCCCUGUCACAACGGCGGCCGCUGCAACCCCAUGCUGGACACCUACGAGUGCGUUUGCCUCAAUGGAUUCUCAGGUGGACGCUGUCAGAACACCAUCUACGAGAAGUCUGCCGGGGAGACCGAGGCCAUUGCCUUUGACGGGCGGACGUUCAUCGAGUACCACAACGCUGUUACAAAGAGCCAACUGACCAAUGAGAUCCCAGAUCCCGAGUCUCUGGAGAACCCAUCUGACCAGAGCGAGAAGGCUCUGCUGGUGAACAAAUUUGAGCUGAGCAUCCGGACGGAGGCGACCCAGGGCCUGGUGCUGUGGAGCGGGAAGGGCGUGGAGCGCUCCGACUACAUCGCCCUGGCCAUCGUGGACGGACACGUCCAGAUGACGUACGACCUGGGCUCCAAGCCCGUGGUGCUGAGCUCCUCGGUGCGCGUCGACACCAACCGCUGGAUACGCAUCAAGGCCAGCAGAGCACUUAGAGACGGCUCUCUACAGGUUGGCAACGAGGCGGCGGUAACAGGGUCAUCGCCUUUGACAGCGACACAGCUGGACACAGACGGAGCGCUGUGGUUGGGUGGUCUGGAGGAGCUGGCGGUGGCCCGUCGGUUGCCCAAGGCUUACAGCACCGGCUUCGUAGGCUGCGUCAAGGACGUGAUGGUGGACAGUGUGGAGCUCCACCUGGUGGAAGACGCCUUAAACAGCCCCAAAAUAUUACACUGUUCCGCCGCCAAAUAACCCAGCAGAGACAAAAUAUUGAGGAAAACAGAAAAAAAAGAAACCCUCCCACUCGCUCCCUCCAUAGCGCCCAUGUCUCCUGCUGUAAUUAUUUUCUAUUUUUGUAUACUUUUCAUCGCUUUUUAUAUGGAAAGAAAAUGAAUAUGUUGUUUUAAUUUUUGUUUUAUAUAAUUGUUCUUUUUUUUUUUUUUUUAAUCUGCACCUCCAUAAACAGAACACACUUUCUUUUUCUUUACUGCCCCGGCCCUUCAUCUUUUUUUCAAAAAGCAGGCAUCUCUGUGAAAAAGAGAUAUUUUUAUUCUUGUCAGUUUUGUUGUUUUAAAACAAACGCCAACUUAAAAAAAAAAAAGCCUGCUCCUUUUUCCUCGCUCAUUACUUGAACACUGGUGGACCUCGCCGAUGAUCUCUGGUUUACUGCCUUGUCUUGGUGCCAUAUAUAUCGUCCACAUUCCCCAAGCAUGGCCGAUACAUCCAUGAGUACAUAGACAUAUACAUUCCCCCCGUGAGAGCUGCACGCAGCGAACGCUGUGGCCGGCAUGUGCAGCUCUUUGAUGCUGCAGCCAGCUGGCGUCUCCAGUCAAGAAACUCUGUAAUCAGCCCCUGGUAGCCCGCUGUAUUUUCCUAAUGGGACUUUUCAGAUAUCAGUCAAGCUGCUACAGUGAGAAAGUACACAGUCGAAACCGCUCCAUCAACCCCCAUCUCACAGCGCCAAAAAAAAAAAGAAGAAAAAACUCUCCACUCGAUCUGAAUCCCAUCAGAGCCUUUAGUUUUGAAAUAUGACUUGCUAACACUGCAACCCGACGUGACGGAGAGAGCGCUGCGUUCCACGAUGACUCGCAUAUCAUUAGUCAUAAGUCAAGACAUGAAUAAAUGUUAUAAAUAUAGAGUAUAUAAAUAAUACCUGAGACUGUGAAUAUGUAAGAUGGGUUCUCUUCUGAGAAUUGUGCUUCUCAUGUACUGUUGUGCGUUCUGUUUUACAAUCCGCAGAUGAACUAAUGAUGACCACUAUAAAUGCAUGCACUUCUGCAGUGUUGGUUUGAAUCUGGUUUUUUGAUUGUUAGUUUUAUUUAGUUUUGUUCCAAAAAAAAAAAUUGGAAUAUGUCACUGUUUGGGGGUUUGUUUGUUGUUUUGCAAUGACUAUAAAAAGGUUCCUUUUUUCUCUUAUUUCCACUGAUGUGAUUUCAGAAAUGACAGAGCUCAGAAUAAUGUUUUAUAUUUGUUCAUUCCCUGUAUCUUUUUAUUUUUUUAUUUUUCUUGGGAGCAGUUAGUUUUGCAGGACUUUGAAUGGUGCAUAAGGGGAAGAGUUGUUACCAUAUCUGACCUUAAGGAGGUGCUGAAAGCAAAGACUGAAGAAAAAGGACAGACAGAGAGGAGGCGAGGAGAGAUGUUAUCAUGGGGGAGAGCUACUACCCUUGGGAACGUCCUGUCAAACAACAAUCAACACAAACAAAAAAAAGCUUCAAAAAACUCUGCCUGAGACUUAAUUUCUUUUCGUAUCUGACCUAGGAGCAUUCCUGGAGGAGUCUUUCUUUUCGGCUGUUGAGAGAGAGAGAGACUGUGAUGUUGUUGUGACCUUUUGAAGCCAUAACAGCCACAAAAAUGGGGGAAAAGAUGCAUAAUCCUACAGUACUUGCAAAUUAACAUAGUAACGCAUGGGUUUGUAUUACUAGUGCGAAUUCUGUAACAUUCAGUGAACUGAUGCAACGUGGAGUCGUCUUUGCCGAACCACAAUAAGCUGCGACGACCGACUUAAAGGACACUUGUUUUGAUAUGAGAACUUUGGCAAUAUUCUAAGACAAAAUCAUGCCUGUUCGUGGUUGAGUAUCAAAUGGUCUUGUGCUAUUUUUUUUUUUCUUAAGUUCUUAAUUAUAUGUUUUCCUUCUUAAAUCAUCAAGCGACCUGUUUUUGUACAGCCCUGCAAUUUUUAAGUGUAAAUUUAGCAAAAUGUGUUACCUGUGGAGGUUUAUGUUUUUAGUAAUAUACACUGGAAACCAUGUCUGACUUGUCUGUUCGCCCACACGAUGAUAUACUUAUGUACAUGGGGGAGGGAUAGCCCUGAAGCUAUAACUGUGUUGUGUGUAAUCAUGCUCGGAGUGUCCACACCAGAUCGGGAAAACCUUCUUCUGGUGUCCCCGAGACGCGUUUAAAUUCCAGCACUCACUCUAUUAACCUUAGACUGGUCUUAUUUUACCACACUGUUCUUUGAAUUUUAUCUAUUCAGGUGGUAAAUAUUAAUAAACGAGAGAUUCCUGUGUAUCUGGAUGGACUCGAGAACAAUAAAGACAAUUGCAGUCUAUGGUUUGGGUGGAAACUAUUUGCCUUAAAAACCGGUCACCUCGACUCUGAGCAGGUGACAAAGACGUCAUCCAUAUAACUGUUUCCUUAUUUUAGCCAGUGUAUUAGCCUCAUCCCCAUAAUGUAAAGGAGUAAUACAUAAUAAUAAUAAUAAUGAUAAUUAUAUUAGUAAUAACGCUCAUACAGAGAAAAAAAAAUCCCAGGGGGCCUCUGCAAAUGUCCCCUCUGGCUUUUUACAAAAAAUCUUCUAUUUACUGUUUUUUGAAUCUAUUUUCUGUUCCUUAUUUAUGUCUACAUGUGGAUUACCCUCCAUGUCUGGCCUCUGUAAACUACUGUCUGACUGCAAACCUCCUCAAAGGGCAGUGCACCGAGUAAGAGUGGCAUGACCUGAACAUUACUAACUUUAUGACCUUUGUCUUGUGUUCCUACCACCAUGAAAUAAAAUGUCAACCAAAUGGA